CUAAAAGACGAAUGAAACCAUCCUGUUCUCAUUAGGCGGACCCAACGCCCUUGAUUUAGUUUAUGUGGAAAAAUGGGAAAGCCACCAACCCCGAUGGAUGCAAUCAUUUCAAUUCAAUGCCAAAGAGAAGGGGAUAGUGGUGGAUUUUCCCCACCAACAUUUCUUUCUUGUUCCUCUUAAUUAGGGGAAAAGAAGACAGAAUGGACCCAAUUAGUUAGCUUUAAAGCUUGCUCAAAGGAAGGAAAUUUCAAAGCAAUUACAUAUACAUGAUUAAUUAGUGCUACUUUGGCCACCUCGCAAACAGAACACCAGCUUUCAGAUGAAGAAAUAUUCAACAGCAGACCCACCUGUUGAAUGCUCCUAACCAAAACCAUUAUAGCAUAGACUCUCUUAGCAUUUCUGCAUCAUGAAAAAUGAAUUCCUUUAGAUUAAUCAGUUUACAUCUCUAAGAAAACUUAAUUUUGUAAUAAUAUGCCGACAUAUGGUUUGGUGAGCUGAACAUGGGGAAUGAGAUGGGAAACAACAACACUUCUGGAUUGAGAGAAAAGGAGAACAUAAGUCAGGAAAAAGGCCGGGGAGAAGCUACUCCUGCAGAGAAUAUCAAAGAGCAGAAUGUUGCGGUUCCUCCAGCUGCUUCAGAUGAUAGUAAAGAUGCUAAUAGAAAGGAGAAAGGGAUAGGAGUUGGAGAUCACAAUGCUGAUGACAGAAACUUAGAAGGGGAAGAAGAAGAAAGUAAAAAGGAUGAAGCUCAGGAAAAUUCUCUACAAGAAACAGUCAAAACUAACCAAGAUGAUGUAGAAGGAGAUAACCAUGUAGUUCCUCCAGCUGUAGAUGGAAAUUCUAACGGACAGGGGAAAGAUUUGACUACUAGUGCUGAUCUUGAAAGCUUAGAAGCUUCUCAAGCUGAAAACCAGAAACAUGAAGACAAAGAAGAAGACCAUACAAAACCUGAAGCCAAGAAACUAGAUUUGCAAGAAACUGCUAGAGCAGAUGACGCGGGAGGAGAAAAUUGUGUAACUCCUGUAGCUGAAGGUGAAGACUCUAAUGGAAAAGAGACAGGGUUGGCUUCUGCUGGUUCUGAAGAUAUUGGUGAUCAACUUGAUAACAUGGCAUCAGAAGGAUCAUCAGAAAAAGAAAACACAAAAGAUGAAGCUCAGGAAAAAUCUAUACAAGAAGCGAGAAAUACUUGCCUGGAACAAUCUUUGCAAGAAACUGCUAGUGAAGAUGGCGUGCAAGCAGAAACUCAUGUGAUUCCUGCAGCUGAAGGUGAAGAUUGUGACAACAAAGAGGCAGUGUUGGCUUCUUCUGAUUCUGAAGAAGUAAGCGAUCAACUUGGGAACAUGGCAUCGGAAGAAAGAUCAGAGCAAGUAAAAGCUGAAGAUUAUCCUCCUUCUGAGGCCUUAAAAGUUGAAAGAAUACCAAUUGAAGGAGUUAGUGAAGAAGAUGGUGAAAUCGAAUUGGCUUCAUCCAAAAACUCAGAGGACCACCAGAAGCUGCAGGACUUGAAUCAGGAUGAGAAUCUAGCUGGAGCAAGACAACAACAAAUUGAAAGGCAGAAUUCUGUCAAGAAAGAAAAUGAGGGGACUGCAGAUUCAGCACCCGAUGCGCCAGUAUCUGCAUCAAUUGAAGCAGUGCCUAAAGAACAUGCAGGUUUGAAGGCUGAUGAGCAUCAAAAGGCUAAAUUACAUGAUGAUGAAUCUGUACAAGAUUGCAAUGGAAUGCAGAACAGUGUGGAUACAGUGGGAUGCAAGGAAAAUGGUCACAUUUCAUAUACUAGCAUUUCAAAUUAUCUUGGUGAAAGUGUUUCUUCUGAUCCUGAUGAGGAGGUGGAAAAGGAGAUGUGUGAAUUCUUGGUUAAAGAGAUGGCAUCUGGGGAACCAGUGUCCAGUGAAGAGAAACUUGACGUAGAAGAUGAAUGUGGAAUCCAGAACAAUUCAGGCAACAUAACUGCAAAAAUAUCAGAUCUGAAGAAUGGUGUUGGAAACAAAGGCAAUGGAGAGACAGCAACUAAGAUGGAUGUAAUUGGAAACAAUUCUCCCAAAUCAAAACUAGAAGAUAUUCUAGCAGAUAUAUCAACAACGAUCCAUUUAGAGGAUUCUAAACCUGAAGAAAAAAGCAUAGUGCUUACUGAGGAGAUCAUAGUUCCCAGAAAAGAAUCAGAGAAUGGGGAGAGCAAACUUGAUCAUUUCCAAUCUCAGUCUUCUGCAGAUCCGAUGGAAGAAUCAAAACCUGAUGUGGAAAAUGCAGCUGCAUCUGAAUUUAUGAUGAUUGAGUCUGGUUCUGAGAACAAAGAAAAGGAUUAUCAAUUUGAGGGGGCAAAAAUGGCUGAAGAUGAAGCUUCUGAGGAACAACAAAGGGACACACAAAAAGAAGCUCCUUUGUUUCCAAACCCUGCAUUGAUUCCUGCUGAUGAUUUUUCUCUCAUAGAUCAGAGAUGUGAAGAAGAAGAAGAGGAACCAAAGGAGAAGAGAAUUAUUGAAGAAAUAGGGGAAAAGACAGACACAUGCCCCAGUGGAAAUAAUACAGAAAUAACAAAAGAAAGAAAAGAACCACCAACAUCAUUUCUUAACCCAUCUCUUGUUUUUCAGGCCUUUUCUGAGAAUCAGCAUCAGAACAAUGAAGUGGGAAGUGAGAAAGUUCAGAGUAGCAAACAGGACAGUCAAUUUGCAGUGCAGAAUCACGAAAGUUACAGCAAGUUUUUUGGCACUGAAGAUUCCACUUUUGUCACCAAACACCUGAUGGAGGAAAAUGUGGUAUCUGUUGUUGAGUUGGCUAGUGAGAAACCUCUACAGAAUAUCUCACAACAUACAGAAGGCAUGGAGAGGCUUAGCAGUGAGUCCAGUCCUGAUUCCAUUAACAUAAUUCAUUCUCAAAUGCAGAAAUCUCCCAGCUUUAAUCUUGAUCUAAGGAUCAACUCUAGGCCUGUAGAAUCAGAUGAAACCCCAUUGCUGUUUCAGGAUAAGGCUACAAUUGAGAGGUCACCAAACCAGGCUGAUGUUCCUUCUGCAAAACCAGUAGUAAAUGUUAAGAAUGAACAAGACUCCUUCCCUUACGAAGAAAUCCCAGUGGAGGAGAAGGUUGUUGCAUUGGAAAGAAGUUAUUCUGAGAAGUCAAGAACUCCAUUCUUAGGCUUCUUGAAAGAUGAAGAAGAAGAAGAAGAAGAAGAAACUAGUAACUUAAUUACCCCAAAGAAAGAAGAAAACCAUAGUGCUGCAAAGAAGAAAAUCAGUGUUUCGGUCAAGGAAGUCUCGUCUGCUUUAACAAAAGGUAAAGAGAAGCGCAAGCAUAGGCCUUCUUUCUUCUUUGGUACUUGCAUGUGCUGUGCAACUGUGUGAUGAAUUGAGCACUAUUGAAAAAAUCAUCAUUUUUUUUUUUUUCCAAUUUCAACAUAUUUUGAUUUGUUUUGUUGGAGGAGAAUUUGUUUGUUAAUUCAAUUAAGAUUUUUGUAUUGUAACCUUAAGCGCCUAUUGGUUGAUAUUGUUUCUAGACUUACUUGUGAUGUAAGUUCUUAAACUGGUUGGAGAUGGGGAGGUUUUGUUUGGUCUGAAGAAGAUGUUGUGACCUCGGCCCCUUUUGUAAGCUG